GCCACAUGUGCAUUAUUUUACUGUGGCUUCAGAGCUGAUGCCAUAAGAGCAACUGCCCUUAAACACAAAAGCCACUUUCUCAAAAUGACUCAUGCAAGUUACUACGCCGCUUUGCUUCUUCUGAUGCCUUCCAUGCAUUGGCUAGGAAGCUCUCUAGCCUCAACCCCUCUUCAACUUUCAGCUACAGCGGAUGAAGUUCCUGCCAUCAUCAACAGUGAUCCUCCCAUUACCUAUCUGUCCCAGAGACCCGUUCUCCAGCCCAAAGAAAGCUCCCCGCCUAAGUUUCUGUACACCUUGAAGAACCUUCAGGGCAAAGCGUGUGUGCUGGCCGAUAUGGGAGUGGAGUUUGUGGUGCGAGAGAACAAAAAGAAGUAUUAUUUCAAUGUGAAUCCCAGCUAUACACGAGUCACAGGAUUCUGUGGGGGCCAAAAGUCUGUUUUGUCACUGGAGUUUGAUGGCGGACAUCUGGAGUUCACUUUCAUCAAGGAAGGUGAUCUCUCCUAUGUGAGCAACGUCAAAGGUCUUCUGAAACCUGUCCCACCUUGUAAAAAUUGCCAGAAUAAAACCUAUGUAGGAGUUGUAAGUCACGAUAAGCUAUUCAAAGCAAAAAAUGGUCUAAGCUUCAAUUGCAAGUCUCAGACAACUCUGAUACUGGCAAGCUUCUUGAAAGUCAAACUGGUGCCACUAAAGAUUCAAGCCUUUGGUCUGGCUAACGGAGCGUUUGGAAAAGAGGUUGAGUGCUGGGAGGAUUACAACAAGCGCAUGAUCCCCAUUAUUCUGGGUGCUGUAGCUGCAGCGAUUUGCCUCAUCGCCAUUCUGACGUUUGUGCUCGUCAGAGAACGCCGCAACCGAGGCUACGAACAACUCUGAGACUCUAGAUGUGUGAUGUGAAGACGAAUCACGAGAUUUAAUGAUGUGUUUUACAUUGUGUGGAUACUGCUCUCCAGUUUGAAAUGAUCUCAGUAAACAAUUAAAAUGCGAUUGACAUGAAA